AUGGGAAAUGAAUGUAAAUAAUGCACACAGGAUGCUUAAUCUGUAAUUAUCUAAAAUCAACAGAUAAUUUAAACUUAACCUCACUAAUAUAGUUUUGGAAUGAAUCACAUUGACGAUGAUAUUAAUUUUGAAUUCUCUAGUAUUGAUUUACCUACUAUCCCUUAAUUUGGUCUCGAAUAAAAAAAAAUUAAAGCCGAUUUUCUACCUCCCCAAGCUUUAAAUGUUGUCACAGAUCACUUCAGUAUGACUUAAUCAGACAAUGAAGACAAUGAAGAAAGUUUUAAGUAAUAAAUUAACGAAGAAACCGGCUGCAAUAAAUAAAUUCAAAGAUUUCAAAGUGGAGAAGAAAAUUUUACACCUUUUUAAUCAAUCAGCAAAGGAAAUAUUAUUGGAAGUAAUUUAACUACAUCUUCAGAACUAUAAAUAUAAUAAUAAUAAUCUUCAAGAUCAAUUUAAAAAUAAAGAUAAUUAAUUUGGGAUUCUAGAACUGUGAAUUAGGAAUUAAAAUAAAAGAAAAAUUUUCUUUCUAACUCAGGUAUUAAAUUCAUAGAAUUCGAGUAAAAGAGCUUAAAGAAAGAUGUAUAAAGAAGAAAUAUACAAAAGAAAAGAAGUGAUAGUUUAAUAAAAAAAUAUGAAUAAAAAAUUUUAAAUCCUAGUUCAAAAAAGGAUGAAAUUUAUUCGUAGUUGAUAAAUCAUCAUAAAUAUUUGUAAAAAUGUGUACUUGAUGAAUAUGAUUGA